ACUACAACAUCAAGCUUGGGAACUUUAAUCCUUUGCAGAUGAGGCCAUUUUCUGAUAUCCUUUUCUGUUACGAUAUUGUGUCUCGUAACGGCAUGGUUUGCUGAGUGUAAACCUCAGUUCGCAGGAAGAUGUGUGUUUGGAUGCUGUCCAUGUUCAGCUGUCUCAUCAAGCGUUCUGUACUAAAGGUAGCCGAGCUUCCUGGAUCAAGGAAAGCAGCAUAGAAACAAACCUGUUUUUCUGCAUGAAACCAGGAAACCAAUCAAGGCUUUGCACCAAGCAGAAGAAGAGACACAGAGGAGGUGACAUCAAGACAGAGAGUGAGAGAAGAAAGACAGAGAGCAGCAGCAGUUGAGGCCGUGACAGAGAGCAGGUUUCCUGUGCUUGAAAUGAUGGCGGCAGCAGGUCCAGGAGCCUCAAGUUCUGAGCCCCCGAUGAGUGGAGUCCGGCGGCUGGUGGAUAAGGCCCUCAGAAGACUGGCCAAGCUCCAUGAGCUGUGCGCAAACCCCCGCCUGGGCCUGAGGAACAGUCCACCAUACCUGCCAGACCUGGUAUCUGAGACCACAGCGUUGCUCCUGCAGGUUUGGGAGCCCUACAGAGGAUCUAAGGCUGCAGGAGGACACGUGCCCCGCGGGGACGAGGCUGUCUACCUGAGAGUCCACAUCAGGAACCUGCUGGAUAAGACAGAAAGAGCUGUGCUGCUGUUUAAAGAGGGACGGGAGAAGAUAUUCGAGGAGGCAUCAAACUGCAGGAGAAACCUGACCAAACUGUCCUUGCUGUUCAGUCACAUGCUCUGGGAGAUGAAGGCCAUGUUCCCUGAUGGAUCUUUUCAGGGCGACACCUACAAGUUAACAUCAAAAGAGGCUAAGAAGUUUUGGUGGAAAUUGUUUGGCAACAAGUGCAUAGUCCAGUGGAAUAGUUUUAAACAGCAGCUUCAGCGUGUCCAUGCAUUUGAGGAAGGGAUGGAGUCCAUGGCCCUGAAAUCGACCAUCGAUCUCACCUGUAAUGACCACAUAUCUGUGUUUGAGUUUGAUGUCUUCACCAGACUCUUUCAGCCCUGGAGGUCACUUUUAAGGAACUGGAACCAGUUGGCAGUAACCCAUCCAGGCUACAUGGCCUUCCUCACCUAUGACCAGGUCGUAGCUCGUCUGCAAAACUACCUGCAUCGACCAGGAAGCUACAUCUUCCGACUAAGCUGCACACGCAUGGGUCAGUGGGCUAUAGGUCAUGUGACCAUUGAUGGUGACGUCAUCCAGACCAUCCCUGAAAAUACACCUCUCUACGUGGCACUCAUUGAAGGCUUCAGUGAGGGCAGCUACCUGUACCCAGAUGGCCGUGAUGUGAACCCCGACCUGACGAGCUUGUGUGAACCAUCCCAGAGGGGAAAGGUCAGAGUUACAGAAGAGCAGUAUGAGCUCUACUGUGAGAUCGGCAGCACUUUCCAGCAGUGUAAGAUCUGUGCAGAGAGGGAUAAGGACACUCGGAUCCAACCUUGUGGGCAUCUCCUGUGCCAACCCUGCCUCACAGGCUGGCAGCAGAAGUCAUCCGGCAACACAUGCCCGUACUGUCGCUGUGACAUCAAAGGGACGGAGUCCAUACUCGUUGAGCCCUACCCAUCAGCCAGUGGUCACUGGGAGGAAGAGGAGGGGGAGAAUGUAGACGAGGAUGAUCAUGAAGACAUUGAACUUGUGCUAAAGGAAAUGGCUGCCUUGAAGUUCUCGAGUUACGAUUACCAGGUGCCCAGCUCCUACCUCUGCAUGCCACCUCUGCCCCCUAAAAACAGCACAAGCUCUUCAAGUCCUGCCAACCAACCGCAGACGAAAGAAAGCAAGACGGUGGACAAACACUCCAGUUCAGCUCACGGCGUCAAAGAAGGAUGUACGAACUUGAUUAGGUGA